AUGGAGAAGCACUUCCACGACACGUCCGGUGGGGUAUGCGGUAUAGUGGUGAAUCGGGAUUAUAGCGGUGUCCGAGCCAAGGUGCGUCAACGAGACAAGUUGGUCGAGAGGCUUGAGAUUGCCGAAACGAAGCUUAUCAUCAGAGCCAACCGCCGAACUGAACCUCGCGACCACAGUGUUGAUAAGCAUACCAGCGAUGCUCCGCUGUGGAUGAGUUACUUGGGCCAGAAGGACCGGCCAUCCAUGCGCCUCCCGGUGCGACCGUGGCUGCCGUCUCUCCCAUUUCUCGGGGUCAAGGUCGAUGAGAUCUAUUAUCUCCGUGCGAAAGUCGCUCGACUCAAUCUCGAGAUAGAAUCCGCGCAGCAAAAUCCUGACAAGUUUCCUGAAUCUAACUCGGCUUUUGUCUCUUUCAACGAGAGACUCUCGACGCCGCUUGCAGCUCUAGUGCUCAAGACGCGGGUCCCCCCAUCUUGGACCCUGAAGCACGGUACCACGGUAGCUGAUACGAUAUGGCAGAACGUCUCCAACAGCUGGUGGCAGCAACUCAUCCGUACAAUGGGUACCUACCUGCUGGUCGCUGCACUUACGUUAGGCUUUGCCAUCCCAGUCACAGUUGCGGGUUCACUCUCGCAGGUCAAAUACCUAGCUAAUGCCACCACUUGGUUGCAUUGGAUAAAUAAGCUUCCAGGCUGGAUAAUAGCUGCCCUCCAAGGCAUCCUCCCUCAGGCGAUAGUGAGCCUCAUCACUGGCAUGGUCCCAGCGAUGCUCCAAUGUCUUGCAAAUAAACAGGGCCUCCACUCGCGACAGGUGACCGAAAGCCGUGUUCAGGUUUAUUACUUCACAUUCCUCUUUGUGCAGGUAUUUCUUACAGUAUCCUUAUCGGCAGGCUUUGCCACCAUUGCAGGGCAGUUGAGAGGAGCCAUCGGAUCAGCCCCACUAGUUCUUGCACAGAACCUGCCCAAGGCGAGCAAUUACUUCUUCUCUUACAUUAUAAUCUACACAUUCACCACAGUCGCACACACACUUCUCCACCUUGGUAGUUUUAUUCAGCUUUAUCUCCUCUCCCCUGUGUUAGACACAACUGCCCGGCAAAUAUGGGCGAGAAGAAAGUCUUUGGACCUGCAGAGGUGGGGUACCUUUAUCCCAGUCCUCACAAAUAUUGCGUGUAUUGGUCUAGUUUAUUCAGUAAUUGCUCCUAUAAUCCUUUUCUUCAGUGCUUUUUGCUUUGGGGUACUUUGGAUGCUAUAUCGAGCUUAUCCACCGAAGCUCACUGACUCAGAUCUGUCCGCAAGUACUCUGUUCUACCCUACAGCAAUACGGCAGCUAUUCACGGGCAUCUACUUUAUGGAAUUAUGUCUGAGUGGCUUGUUCUUCCUUGUCCGCGAUGAAGAAGACAAGGCUUCGUGCACUGCACAGGCUGUAAUUAUGAUAAUCGUUACAGCCAUGACUGCGUUGUUCCAUUGUACUUUAGUAUAUGGCUACAAGCCACGCUGGUUAGCUCUAUCAGUCUUUGAUAUCCAUAAAAAGGACCAGUCUGGGGUUAAGAAGCAACCUGAACGGGUCAAAGAGAGGCCGACAAUAACAUACGUGGCUGCUCAGAGAGACCCAAAUCGAGACGACAUUCUAACCUCCCGUCCUUUGGUUCUGUGGCUUCCAAAGGAUAGGUUAGGGGUCUCGGACGAUGAGAUCUAUCAUACAAUGCGUACUAAGGGUCUUUGGGUUAGUAAUAAAGGUGCCCGUCUGGAGGGGGCCAGAGUGAAACUGAGCGGGACGCCCCCAUAA